UCAAAUGAUAUUUGUGGUUUGAUCCACCGCGCACUGUAUAACAUGAAAAAGCCAAUCACAGAAAAGUGUUGGAUAGUUGGAAAAAAGAAUAUGUGGAUUGCUUGGUUGACUGUGGCUAUUUGUGCUUUGUGGUUGAUGUGGAAUAUGGGGAAACAUACUUCUCGGUGGUUAUCUCCACACUCCACUAUGGAUAAGUCAAUAUGUCCCAACUUUUAUUUCGACUUGGGAAGUAAUGUGGGAGACUCUAUUGUUCAUUUUGUGUUGCAUAAUAUUACAAGUGUGGGUUCAACUUCCAGUGCGUUGAGAAGAUUUGCCAACCGCAUAGGAGUUGUAUCGAGUGAAUAUUGUGUUUAUGGUUUUGAAGGAAAUCCAAUAUUCAAUGAUGGACUCAAAAAGUUGGAGCAACUGUUACAAGGAUAUACGAAAAAGACAGAAAUAAGGACGGAAACAGUGGUAACCGAUGAAGAUGGCACAACUCAAUUGUAUUUGGACUUGGUCAAUGAAGAUCACCAUUUUUGGGGUUCUUCUAUUCACAACGAUACAAGAGAUAUCGUCAAAAGUGGUUCUCAAGCAGUCAAUGUUACUGCUGUGGAUUUUGCCAAGUUUUUGAAGCAACGAGUGGUGGAUAAAAGAGAAUGCAAAGGAACUGUUCCUAUGGUAGUAGUUCGAAUGGAUAUCGAAGGUGCAGAAUAUCGAGUCAUAAGAAGCUUAUUUGAACAAGGUCUUUUGUGUCAUUAUAUUGAUUAUUUGAUUGUAGAGUUUCAUGAGGAUAGUGCACCCAUCAACAGUUCCAUUCCACAAGUGUUGGCUUGGUUCAUGGAGAAUAAUGAUCGAUGUCAAACUCAAUUUAUAUUUGAAGAUAUAGAAAAUGACUAUUGAAAGUGAGAAAAGAGAACAAGGUUACCUCGAUUAUCUGUCAUUGCCAUAUAUUGACCAUCCAUAGAAAUAUUUCCUAAUCCAGUCAAUCAUCAUCCAUAGAAUAGGAACAUUUUCAACUUACCUUGCAUAGCAUAAAAAGAAUAAUCAUUUU